AUGAGGGUUGCGGAGUUGGUUCAACAGCCCGGUCGUGACCAUCUUCCGUAUCUCACUCCGUAUCCACAUGGACGGGGUCAAACAUGGUUCAACCGAUCCGGGAACGGGAUCAGCGCAUGGAUCAACCGUAUGAUGUACUCGGCCCUCGACAGUGGACAUCCGACUUUCACUCACUUCCCAACCGACAAGCAGGUUCUGUGGUUUCGUCAGUUUGCGCAAGAGUUCAACUGGAAUUCCGAUGAGACGCUCUUUAUCUAUCACCACUUCGUCCAUAAAGUAAUGGACAACUAUGGGAAGCAGAUCCACGAGUGGAAGAAGAAGUGGGAAAUCAAUAAGGUCCCAAAGUCGAUGAACGACACGGUCUGGAAGGAGUUGUGUGCGCAUUGGGAUAAGGAGGAGACGAAAGAAACUUCUUCCACCAACUCCACCAACCGCAGGAGCGACCGUAAAGGGAAGGGCAUCUACAAGCAUAACUUGGGUGCUCAAUCUAUUGCCACUCUCGGAGAUCGCAUGGCGGAAGAAAAUGAUGGCGAGCCGGUCGAUGAUCUCGCCCUAAUGAGGAGGGCGUAUACCAACAAGAAGACCGGCCAGAUUGAUGACGGUCUUGUGAGGGACGUGGUCGACCUGGUCCAAACUCAGGUGGUAGACGAAGUGUCUCAGCUUCAAACCGAGGAUGACGCUUCGACGGCUUCGACCAACUUGUCCCGGUUUCGAAUCAACGAAAUCGUUGAAUCCUCGGUUCCAAAGAAGAAGGGACGUUUGUUCGGUUUGGGUCGUCGCACCCGGUCGGUUCCUCCUUCUUCUGCACCACCGCCCUUUGUUGAUCCAGAAGUACUUACGGCUCAGUUGAAGGACAAAGAUGAUCGAAUAUCUUUGUUGGAGACCCAGAUGGCGGCUCAACAGGCGGGCUAUGAGGCACAGAGGAGGCUGAACCAGCAAAUGAUGGAGAUGAUGCAGAGGAUGUACCCGAACGAGGUGUUCCCGGACGUGCCAGACCCGGACAACUCCCUCGGAAAAUUCCGAGGAACGGAUCCCUCGGAAUAUACCGAGGGAACAGUUCCUCGGAAUAAACCGAGGAAAAAGUCCGUCGGCAUACUCCUAUCGAUCGAUGUAUAUAUGUCCAAACACGCAUCGAUCGAUGAACUUCCGAGGAAUUAUCCCGACGAAGUUCUACCUCGGUAUAUUCCGAGGACUUUUCCGACAAACAAGGGAUCCUCGGAAUUUCCUCGGAAAUUUAUUUCCUCGGAAUUCCGUCGGAAAAUUCCGAGGGAUUUCAGAGGAAAAAAGAAAUUCCGAGGAAUUAUUUCCGACGACGUGUUUCGUCGGAAUUUCGUCGGAAUAACGAUAUUCCGACGAAAUUCCGACGAUUUUUUCCCUCAGAAUCCUUGAUGUUUUCUUGUAGUGUACCUACAAAA